AUGACUUCACGAGGUGGCUACAAGCAGAUCCUCUUUGUGGACGGCCCCUCGCUUGGCCGAGGAGGCGACGCCAAGUCCCGCAACACACGGUCAGCUCUGAUCCGUCGCCUUAUCGGUGAGAAACGGAGUACAUACCGACGGGAGGAGGAAGCCAAGCGACAGCAGUUGAUCGCUGAACGUCAUGCACGGGAGAAGCAGUCAGCGGCCCGUGCGUGUACCUGUAAAGGGACGGUCAGGGUCCUCAAGGAUCAGGCCGAAGGCCAAGAGGGUUGCGGGUCUUCCGAAACUCUGUCUACAGGAACAAAAACUAGCGUAACAGUACCUCAAAGGCAAUCUCAGUCUUCUCAGACGCGAAACUCUGACAGCGAUGGGACUCUUUCCCGGAGCUGUAGGACCUGCGGAGGAGUGCGUGCGUGUAGGCAGACGCAAGAUAGCACCUCCUUGGCUCCGUCUCUGAGUCUUGUCUCUAGCAGGGUAGACCCCUUUUCUCCAGUGGAUGCCAACAUUGGACCAAGUGUAGAUGAUAUCCUUCACCAUGCGUUCACAAAUCUCUGGCCCAACUUCCGCCGUACCGAUUACGCCGGCAGAUGCUACCAAUCGCGGCUGGGUCAGAACUGGAAAAAUAAUAUCUUGAUCUAUACCACCCUAUUUGCCGCCUCAUGCCAUCGAGACGUCCUGCGCAUCAGCUACGGGUUAAAUCCGGUGCUGGACACCCGGGAUCAGCUGUACUACAAGGGGCGACUCCUGCGGCUGCUGCGAGACCAUGUGGCUGACUAUGCAGAUGAAGAAUGGCGAGAUGGAGUCAUCCUAGCAAUCUUGCAUCUGUCCAUUAAUGAGACCUUGAGACAAGUCCUCAGCCGUGACCCAAGCCCAUUCACACCCCCAUUUGUGGACAUGCAGUCACUGUCAUUCUGUGGGAGUCGGGACUACCACUCCCUACAUUGGAAUGUCAUUUGUCACAUGCUGCAUCAGCUGGGCGGGAUUCAGUCCAUCAAGCUGUUCGCCUUGGGCUGGUGGAUAACAAUCGUGGAUGUAAUGAAAGCAGCCCACGCCCUGACCAAACCACUCUUCCCAAUGGUCGAUGUGGAAGGCAAUGAGAUCAACCUGCCGUCUCCUCUGCGCCUCUUUCCCCUCCCGGACGACCCAUCCACGAAGCCGAAACUCGGCUUUAGAGACUUACUGUCCACCCGCCCACCGGUGCAUGCCACCAUUGUGGACGUCUUCCUUCAUCUCAGUGAAUACUCCACCCUGGUGCAAUGGUACUACAAUCGCUCCCUUGAUCUGUUAAACUGCGACCGCUUCGCAGAUGUCCGCAACCAAGUCCACCACGCUAUCUUCAGCCUGCCUGACGAGCAUGACCCCAUCGAAACCAUCCUUGAGCUGUGCGACCUCUCCCCAGAUGACUUCUCUGUCUCCCAUGGGCUGUACCUCACCUGCCGCUUAGCAGCGAACUUGUACGCGACGCACGUUACCUUUCCCCUCCCGCGCUCGGCGCUUAUCCGAGCCAUGAUCAUUCCUCUGCUGGCCAGCAAACUAGACCAAAUGACGCAGGUUAUGUGCACGCCGUUGCUGCUCUGGUGUGCCACCGUGGCUGCUAUCGCAGCGGAAGGAAUGCCACAGCACCUGCGACUAGUAGACCAUGUUGAAACCCUAUGUUGGGCAUUGAAGGUCACGUCUUAUCCGCGUUUCGUUGAGAUCCUGGAAAUAUUCGCCUGGGUAGAAGUCGCAUGCUCGGAGGGAUGUCGUCGCCUGUGGGAGAGAUUGGCAGCGCAAGCACCAGAGGGGAAUGACUGGAGUUAUACAGCGGACGCUGUGCCCCUUAGAAUAGUAAUGCGCUAA